AUGAAUCGCCUCUUUAGACUCACCAGAAUUUCCGUUUCUCUCUCCACUCAGAUACCCAACUUUCGAUUCUCCAGGGCUUGUUCCUCCAUCGCGACCAUGGAGUCUUUGAAGGUGCACAACUCCUUGAAGCCCGGUCAGCCGGUGCCCUUUACACCAAUCAACCCGGGAAAAGUGUCUUGGUACGCUUGCGGCCCUACUGUUUAUGACAAAAGUCACUUGGGCCACGCCCGCAAUUAUGUGUCGACCGAUAUCAUCCGGCGCAUCAUGAUGCACUACUUCGGCGCCGAUGUGAAGUUUGUCAUGAACAUCACCGAUGUUGACGACAAGAUUAUCAUCAAGGCCCGGAGACAGCGUCUCCUCGAACUCGAGAAGCAGAAGAAGUACUCGGGCGAAGAGCUGGCAAAGCUGACCCUAACAGCUUUCCGCGCCUACGCCGAAAAGAGUUUGACUCUGAUCCAAUCCUCCGAUCUCGACGAGAACAACUACCUCGAGCGAAGGGACAGCGCAUAUGGAAAGAUUCUCGCCGGUGGCACACUAACUGGGGAAGGCAAGCCGGGUGACGACGAAGCCAAGACGAAGAUGCACAUUGCAAACAUGGAUGCCGCUGCGUUUGCGAUCAAGGACAAAAAGUUCUUUCCUGGGACCGAUGAGAUCCUCCUGCCAUACCUCGACUCACUCUACAAAGAGACUAUCGACACGAGCGAUCAGACCAUAUUCACCGACCUGACUCAGAGUAUGGAGAAAGAAUUCUUCGACGACAUGGACGCUCUGAAUUGCUUGCGACCUGAUGUCAUCACGCGCGUUACUGAAUACGUGCCCCAGAUUGCGACAUUUGUAGAGCGCAUUGUGGACAAGGGGUUCGCUUACGAGUCCGACGGAUCCGUGUACUUCGAUAUUACGGCUUUCGAGAAGGCUGGCAACACAUACGCCCGUCUGCGACCCGGCAACCGUAAUGAUAAGUCACUGCAGGAGGAUGGGGAGGGUGCUCUAUCGAAAAACUUGGGCGAGAAGCGCAAUGAGGGAGAUUUUGCGUUGUGGAAGAAGUCCAAGAAGGGAGAGCCAUACUGGGAGAGCAGAUGGGGCCAGGGUCGCCCGGGAUGGCACAUCGAGUGCUCCGUCAUGGCUUCUGACAUUCUUGGAGCACAGAUGGAUAUCCAUUCCGGCGGUAUCGACUUGGCAUUCCCUCACCACGAUAACGAGCUGGCUCAGAGCGAGGCCUUUUACGUUGACAACACAAAGGGCGAGCACACGUGGGUCAACAACUUCAUGCACAUGGGCCACCUGUCCAUCUCCGGUUCAAAGAUGUCCAAGUCCUUGAAGAACUUCCAGACUAUCCAAGACGCCCUUGCUACUACUUACACAUCUAGAGGAAUGCGCAUCGUGUUUCUGAUGGGCAAGUGGAAUGACGGUGUGGAGAUUUCUCCCGAUAUGCGAGCCCAGGCAUCCAGCUGGGAGGCAACAGUCAACAACUACUUCAUCAACGUCAAGGCAUACGUUGCGGAUGCCAGCGCUUCGACCGACGGUGUGGAAUCUCUUUCCCUAGCAGAGAAGCCCACCGGAGGACUUGUUAGCAGUCUGGAGAAGGCCAAGGCUGAUCUGCAAAACGCCCUCACCAACUCCUUUGAUACCCCUCAAGCGAUGCGUGUGAUUCAGGAACUUGUCAGCGAAGCCAACAAGGUUGUAGUUUCCCAAGACGCAGAAGCUAACUUGCCCGCGCUCGUCGCUGUCGCGCGUUGGAUCACAAAGAUCCUUGGGACAUUCGGCCUCGAUGAGAAUGCGACGGCGCCCUACGAUGGCCUUGGCUGGGCGGUACCUGCGUCAAACGCGAAUCUGGACACCAAGACCGUUGUGCAGCCGUACGCAACGGUGUUCCAGACAGCAAAGUCGGAUGUUGAGGCAUUGAAAAUCUCGGCGGAUUCGAUUUCAACCCUUUUGUCGCAACAAGACCCCGAAGCAGAGUUCUCUUCUCUCGCCGCGAAGGGCGUGCGCGAUCCUGAACAGUUGGCGCUGCCGUACCUUCGAGGCACUUCGAGAUUGCGCGACGAGCUUCGCCGCAUUGUGACAUCAGUUCCUCCCGAGACCAAGAAGGCCAUCCUUUCUCUCACGGAUCGGAUUCGUGACGAAGAUCUGACAAAUCUGGGAGUUUACUUGGAUGAUAGGCCGGAUGGCAAGUCGUCAUUGAUCAAAUUCGUGCCAGCCAGCGAGUUGAUUGCGGCCAAGAACGAGAAGUUGGCCAGGGAAGCGGACAAGGCCCGGGCCAAGGAAGAGGCGAAACGGGCGCGUGAGCAAGCUGAGAAGGAGAAGUGGGAAAAGGCCAAGCUUCCCCACACGGAGCUGUUUAAGGGAGAUGAUAAGUACUCGCAGUGGGACGCGGAGGGACUGCCGACUAAGCUUAAGGAUGGAAGUGACGUGCCCAAGAGCCAGCUCAAGAAGCUGCAGAAACAAUGGCAGAGCCAGAAGAAGGCGCACGAAGAGUACCUGGUCAAGUUUGGUGGGAAGUCAUAG